AUGCCUGCACAUAGUGAAGAGGAGUUACCACCACCCAGCCCUCAGACCGGUAACUCUGAGGAGGGAAACUUCCAUACGCAAAUCAAAGUAUUAAGAACUAUCGGGCAUGGGACUUACGCGAAGGUCCUCCUGACCCACCAUUGUGUUACAGGCACACCUGUAGCAGUCAAUGUUCUUGUAAAGAACAAGCCCUUUUACCAGCCAGCCAUGAUGGAGGCCAAUAUAAUGAAAAAGAUCAAGCACCCCAAUAUUGUGUCACUUCUCCAAGUGAUUGAGACCAAAACAAGAGGAUACCUCAUCAUGGAACUGGUUAAAGGCCAAGAACUUUACCAAUACAUCAAAACUUGUGGCCAUUUAAAAGAGGAGGAAGCCCAACAAUUAUUUAUGGAGAUAAUUUCGGCAGUGAGCUACUGCCAUAGGCAUGGGAUAGUGCACAGGGAUUUAAAGCCUGAUAACUCCAUCAUGUUAGAUAAUAACGGAAAAAUAAAACUCAUCAACUUUGGGCUUAGUACCCAAGUCAAACCUGGGGAGAUGCUUAAUGGGGAGUUGCUUAAUGAAUAUUGCGAUGCCUACUGUUUUGGAGCCCCUGAACGAUAUGAUGCAACAAAAACCGACCUAUGGUCCUUAGGGGUAGUACUGUACUUUAUGCUUGUUGGAAAGGUCCCAUUCGACUCGUUCAUCAUACCUGAACUGCAAAGGCAGAUUGUAGCGGGUGUAUACCCUGCCCCCGACGGGGUGUCCAACAAGCUGGAAGACAUGUUGAACUUAUUAAUGACUGUAAACCCCAAAUAUAGGCCUACAAUCAUGGAGGUGAAGAAGCAUUCGUGGUUUAAAGAGAAAUUUUUUCCAAAUCUUGAUGAGGAACCGGUCCCCUGCAGACCAUACCCUCACAUUCUAGAGGCGAUGAAGUCUAUUGGGUUUCCAAGAAAAGAUAUUAGAGUCACUAAAGAAAAUUUCAAUGAAAUAUCAGCUUCAUAUUUCUUUAUAGAAGGGCAGGCUCUCCAGAGGGAAGUUCGCUCAACCCAGGCUCCAACAAUGAGUCAACUUAAGGCCCCAUUCCCUUCCAUGGAUUCUGAUGCUGCCUGUUUAAAACUGAAAAAGGGUGGAAGUGCUCCAAUCCUUGGCAGAUCACUCUGCCCAUCAUCCAUUGGUCAAGUGCCAGCCUAUGGCCAGAAGGUUAGGCAAAGAGCAGGCAGAAGAUCCACUGGGCAUAGUCUUCUCCUCCAGUCACACCAGAUGACACCCACACAGGACCAGCACCACACACGUGCCACGAGUGUCCCUCACAUGCUUUCAACAACCAGCAUAAGUGACCAGAGCAUCAAGAAUGAGAAGAGAGACGAGAAUCUUCUCUCCCACAGUGCCCUACCAGAGGAUAAGCCCACCCCCAGCAGGGGCUCGCCCAGAGGCAUCAAGAGAUGGAUAAGGAGGUUGGGAAAUGCCAUCAGGAUGCUGUGUUGUUGCUGCAUACAGCAAAAAAGAAAACCUGGCCUGGGGCAGAAAAGUGUCUCCGCCCAGAAAUGAGGCACAGGGAGAAANUCCAGAGACACAGCAGCAGGCAGG